CACCUUUGCACGACACCCGCCUCACCACCGCCAACUAAGUGAAGCGUGGUCGAUCCUUACAUAUUCCGAUCUCAGCCCGUGCUGAAGACUACUGCGACGCGGAUAAGCGCAUACCUACUCCCGAUAAGAACGAGCGCGAUCGCAUUCGCGCCACGACGACAAGAUGAGAAUCGAGACUUGCUACUUUUGCUCUUCGCCAGUAUACCCGUCCAAGGGUAUAACCUUUGUGCGCAACGAUGCAAAGGCCUUCCGCUUCUGCAAGAGCAAAUGCCACAAGAACUUCAAGAUGAAGCGCAACCCCCGCAAGCUGGCCUGGACCAAGUCGUUCCGCCGCGCGCACAACAAGGAAAUGACCGUCGACUCCACCCUCACCUUCGCCCAGCGCCGCAACGUGCCCGUGCGAUACAAUCGCGACCUCAUCCAGACGACCCUCAAGGCUAUGGGCCGAGUCUCUGAGAUCCGGCAGAGGAGAGAGCGCGCAUUCUACAAGGCGCGCAUGCGUGGCAACAAGCAGAGGCAGCGUGAGGAAGACAGGAAGUUGGUCGAGGAGAACCAGCACUUGCUGCCGCCGAGCGAGAGGUUCGCCAAGGAGGAGGUCGAGCAGGAGGAAAUGGAGGUCGAUGUGCAGAAGGUCAAGGAUAAGGUUGCGGCUAGGAGGAAGGAGCUUGAAGCUGAGGAGAGCGAGCUCAGUGAGCUUGAGGAAGAGCUGCCCAAGCAGAAGACAAAGACAAAGAAGAUGUUGAAGAGGAAGGUUGGUGGCGGCGUUGAGGCUAUGGAUGUUGAUGAGUAGGACUUGCAGUCUGUAUCAUCCGCGAUAUAACACGACUACCUCGGCAAUUUUUGGACGAUCUUCCGAGAUGUUCAUGGAGUUUGGCGUCCUGCAUUAUGGUAAAUUACGGACAUGAUUUCGAUACCACAGCAAAAGCAUGUUUCAACCCCCAAAGCCCAGCGUCGUGUGUAUAUUGGUGCAGCUUGUACUUGGUGUUGCUCAGUCGUGUGAGCACACCACAAUGAGUUACGUGUGUUGCACUGAGCUACAUUAUUCGUAUCCAACAUGGUUCCAAUCACGACGAUGCUGGGAGGUAUAACAUGCAUUAUGGGAUGGCCUGAUCCAUGGGUAAGUUCUUCUAUGGCUGUCUCCAAAAUCAC